AUGCCGCCUAACUCCAGCCCCACAGCUUAUGAUUUCUUUGGCGAUUCAGUGAUAUAUGCCACUUCCACCUGCAAUAAUGUUAACGCCAUUCUGAUUACCGGAGACUUCAAUCUUCCGAGAUUCGAUUGGUGUAAUCCUGUUGCUGCUGAUGCUUCCCCCUCGGUAAAGGCUGUGCUCGAUCUGGCAUCACACCUGGACCUGACACAGAUCAGUGGUGUGCUCAACAGCCGUGGUGUUCAGUUGGACCUUGUUUUUGGCUGCCCAGGUGUAUUUUCUGUGUCUCUGGCUGAUGAUACCCUCAUUGCAAACGAAGAAUACCAUCCAGGCUUGGCUAUCACCGCUUCCUUGACCGGCUACAGCAGAGCGCCAACUAAGACCCCUUCCUACAUCCGGAACACCAAGAGGCCCAACCUCGAAGCAGUGAAAAACGACCUGAAGAAUGGUGUUAUAAACUUGGACCGCGACUGCACUGACGUUGAUUCUGCUUUCUCCAGCUUCUGCACCCAACUUAGCGAUUGUAUCAGAUUCCACACUCCUUGGAAAAGAAUAGGACUUUCUGCUUUCCCUCGCUGGUUCUCCAAAGAGCUAAAGGAUUUAGUUGUACUUAAAAAGUCGCUACAUAGGCAAUACAAGGAAUCACAUGACCAUAUUGCGUAUGAACGUUUCUGCAGAGUACGGGCCCACUGUAAAGUGAUGGCCAGGGAUUGUCGUUCCAGAUACAUCGGUCAUGUUAACUCUACCAUCAGCUCUAAUGUUAAAGUGUUUUGGAGUUUCUUGAAGCAACUUGAUAGAACAUCGGUGGAUCCCUCUGUGAUGGGAGAUGGUACUACAACUACGUCCCGUCCCGAUGAGAUGUGUGAGCUUUUUGCAAGUUACUUUUCCUCUGUCUACUCUCCUUCAACUCACAUCGCCUACACACCGCUAGCAGACAAAACGUCCUUCGUUCUGGCUAGUUGUUCAGUGUCAGCUAUAGAAAUAGACAACAAGCUCAUGAGGCUUGACUCCUCAAAAUCCUGUGGUCCUGAUGAGGUGACUCCGGGAGUUCUAAAAUACCACUCAGAGCUAGUUUCCUACUUGCACUUUCUCUUCAAUCUCAGUCUGGAACAUGGUAUCUUUCCAGCAGUAUUGAAAUGGGGAUAUGUUAUACCCAUAUUUAAGAGUGGUGAUAGGCAAAUGGUCACGAACUACCGACCAAUGUCUUAA